GUUGGGGAAGAGAGAGAUCGAAGAGAAUCAGGGUAAUGCAGAUGGGAUCGAUGGAAUUCGUAGCGCCGGCGUUGGAGGAGCUUUUGCCGGAACUUUCCCUCGAGGAGCAGCCACGGUUGCAGAACCAAUCCCACGAGCGUGACCGCAUCCGGAAGCGACAUAACAAGCACUCUCCUCCUCCCCGUCCGUCGUUGACCUCGGUACGGUACGUGAUGGAUAUGGGAUCGAUGGGAAUGGAUUUCGUGGCGCCGGCGUUGGAGGAGCUGCUGCCGGAUCUUUCCCGCGAGGAGCAGCUACGGUUGCAAAACAAAUCCCGCGGGCGUGACCGCAUCUCGAAGCCACGUAACAAGCACGCUCCUCGUCCCCGUCCGUCGCCGUUCUCGGAAUGGUACUGCAACUUCAUCAAAAUUCCCCAGGUCCUCCACGCUCUCGCCCACUACAAUGCCAGGCACCCUGGUGGCGAGUUCGAUGUUGUGAAGCCCCUGAAGCAGAGCCGCGUGGGAUUCCGGGGCCAGGCAUGGUUCCAUGUCAACUUCUGGGCUCGCCCCAGCAGCAGCAGCAGCAACAAUAACAAGACAAUCAAGCGCUUCUUUGCUGAGGUGCACUACAAGCCAACCCCGAUCAGCAGCCCCUCCUCGUCUUCGUCAUCACUUGCAAUAACUGCAGUUCCUAUAGUUGAAAUAUGCAUCAUUAUCGAAGAACCUCUAUCCCAAUAUAGGCGUAGCUGUGCCUUUUGUCCCAGCUACCGAGACAUUUUACACCCUAAGGGCUGCCGUAAGUUCGUCUGUGGAAACGACAAGGACCGGUUUGAACAGCGACUGGACCCUUGCUGCUGCACUGGUAUGGGGAUUGGGAAGAUGCCAUUCACUGCCCGCCCAGACAUGUCUGCUUUUCUCAACAUCAGUCCUAAGUAGGAAGAAGAAGACAAGAAGAGAGUCCGGGGGUUCAAUGUCAAGGCUGACCACGGGGUCCUUCAUGCCUCCUCUCGUAUCUUUAACUUCAAGACCAUGCAUGUCCAUCAUGUCAUGUGACACAUAUGUAUGGAGUGGAGUAUAUAACUAGCUUAGCAGUGAGAUUGAAUGAAGAAUAAAUAUACUUUACUAGGUGUUGUUUUCAGAAGGAACAAUUGUGGGUCAAAUUUCCACGGUUAAUGGUGAUAAGCCACAUAUUAAUGUACUACGCAUUUUGAUCAGAUCUGUACGGUGUGAUUCACCUGAAUUAUUUGCUAAUUUUGGUAUUAGUCUAGAGAGAAGGGGGCAAAUGGUGUUAGUCUAGAGAGAAGGCCGGAGAGAAGAUUAAUAUUUAAGCCUAGCAAUCCAUGUUUAUUCUGAAGAAGUUUCGAAAAGCAAGGGGUAUAUCCAAUUUUGGUAUUCAAUUUCUUGCCAUCUCAAGAUGUGAGUAAACUAUAUAAAGAACUGUAUGAUUGUACCUCUGGUUGAACUUCAAAAUCAUGUUGGCUAUUUACUCCUGCUCGUUGCUUCUGGUACAUAUUUGUAUUUAUACUAUUUUAAGUUGAGGAUAUAAAGAGACCCCUGUUCCUAUCCUAUGUAUUAUUCUCAGUUUG